AUGGAGGAGCUGGAGGAGAGGCUGCGCCGCAGCAACGCGCGGUUCGUGGACUCGCUGCAGCGGAUCAUAGAGAAGUACAAUUAUCCCUUUGAAGAUGAUAUACUUGUCUCUAUGGAAUCAUUGACUUACGAUACACCCAUUGGACCACAGCUAUGGGGUGAUAUGUCAGAAAAAAACAUUAACGAAUGGAAGAAAAAAUUACAUAAGAGGGCCACACAAUGUCAAAAAACCACAGAAACACGAAAGCAAUGGAUCUCUGAUUUUGAAGAUGAAGAUUUAAAAGUACCUCAGGAACCUGCUAGAAAAUCCUUUAUAGACUCCUAUGAAGAGAUUCAAGUUGCUGACACAGAUACAGAAAGCGAAGCUGAUUUGGUUUCGAUUAGAAGAAAAUUUGAAAAUGUUAACCUCAAGGAGGACAUUCUACUUGUAAACCCUUCUGAGCUGGAAAUGAGAGAGAAAGUUAGAGUUCGUGUGGAUGUGAUAGUACAAGAUGAUGAAAGAAACAUCCCUAAAUGGAUUAUGGUUGCACCUGGAGAAAAAUCAAAGCGUCUUCACAUAACAUCUCCAUGGCAAGACUUGAUGGGUAUGACUAAAUCUCCAGUUGCAGAUAAGAUAACUCUACCCAGACAUAUACCUUUUCUGGAAAAAAAUGAAACGGGCUAUGAUAGCUUCAUGGAAGAGUACCAGUCUGCAAAUGAAGAAUGUUCCUGGAACAAUGUCACACUUGCAGAUUUGUAUCCAGGAAUGGUGGAGACACUUAGCAAGUUGAUGAACAAACACUCUCAGAAAAAAGCAGCUGAUUCCAUAAUCAGACACUACAAACACAGAGGAUGGCCUCCUAGAAAAUCAAAGCUUAAUGUCACCAUAGAAAGAAUAAGAAGGUUCAGGACAUCUAAAUUGAAGCCUGUGCUGCCUAAUACAAAUAGUAAUGAUCAUAAAUUGCCUGUUGGAAAUAAUUUAAAUGAGAGUAACCAACUUCUUCAUGAUGGCAAAUGUCAGACACGGUGUGUGACUAAUGGUGAAUCUGGUAUGGUAUCUUACCCACAUGUUAAUACAAGUGAAAUGGAAAUAGAUUGGCCUGGAAAUUUAGAAGAUAAUUCAUACAUUCAAAGAAUAGACCAAAACAUCUCAGAGUCUGUUUUUCCAAAUGUUACUGCUAGAACAGAAGAAACAUUUCUAACUGAGGAUCCACCUCAGACCACCGUGUCACUACAUGACUCAAAAGGCAGCCCAAAUGGGAAGCUGCCUGAAGUACUUUCUGUGGGAUGCUUUUCUGUAACUUGCACAACAUCUCCUUGUCUAGUAAAAGAGAGCAAGAAUGGCAAAACUGACAAUACAGCUUUCGAUGGUACAUCAGGGUUCCAUUUGUCCACUUGCAACUUGAAUGGUGAUGCUAAUACCUUUCCACCACUUAACAACUAUUCUCUAGUAAGAACAUCAAAUGCAUUAAUCAGAAAUCCUGAAAUAAAAACUUUCAGGGGAGGUUUUUCACUGCAGCGCAGUCAUUCUUUUUCCUCACUUCCUGUGAAUCAAAGUCCAGUCAAGACUCACCAGAAAUGUGAAGAUGAAUUUGAAAAACUUUACCAGAAGCUGUGCCCCAAAGAACUUCAGAAACCUCUUAAGAUUAGAAAGCCUCUUUCAAACACUAAAGAAAAAGGACUAAUCAAGUCCUACUUCUGUAAUUCUGUAAAGUCUCAUAAAAAAUAUGAUGUGCAUUUGACGAGGUUUAUCAGAGAUUGUGUUCCGAAGGGUUUCCAAAACUGCCCACAUUUCUGAGAGCUUCGAACUUAAGGAAAUAUGAAGGCAUACAGAUGUCAGAAACUGUAAAUGCUUUAAUUAACUCACCCAUACGAACUUUACCUGCA